AUGGUGUCGCAGUUCAUGGUGGAGCUGGUGGGCACCAAGGUGGUGGACGGCGAGGCGCCGCCCAGGAUCCUCCACUUCAACCCCAGGAUCCGCGGGGAUUACAGCGGCAAGCCGGUGAUUGAGAUGAACAGCUGCUACAGGAUGCAGUGGGCGCAGUCGCACCGCUGCGAGGGCUUCGCCUCCCGCCCCGCCGAGGAAACCGUUGAUGCUCAGCUCAAGUGUGAGAAAUGGAUUCGGGAUGAUGACAACAAGUCGGAGGAGUCAAAGAUGAAGUGGUGGGUGAAACGUUUAAUUGGUAGGUCAAAGGAUGUGCACAUCAGUUGGCCAUACCCAUUCGGAGAAGGCAAGCUGUUUGUUUUGACUCUCACAGCUGGUUUGGAAGGUUACCAUGUCAAUGUUGAUGGGAGGCAUGUCACUUCAUUUCCUUACCGCACUGGUUACACUCUUGAGGAUGCAACUGGGUUGUCUAUCAAUGGAGACAUCGAUAUUGAGUCAAUUUUUGCUAGUUCUCUGCCCAGUUCACAUCCUAGUUUCUCCCCAGAGAGAUACCUUGAAAUGUCUGAGCAAUGGAGAGCCCCACCGCUACCAACUGAACCUGUUGAGCUUUUUAUUGGCAUUCUGUCUGCAGCGAGCCAUUUUGCCGAACGUAUGGCUGUGCGCAAGUCAUGGAUGAUGUAUACAAGAAAAUCAUCUAAUAUUGUAGCUCGGUUCUUUGUGGCUCUGGUCAAUGCAGAGUUGAAAAGGGAGGCAGAGUUCUUCCAAGACAUCGUCAUAGUGCCUUUCAUGGAUAGUUAUGAUCUUGUUGUUUUGAAGACCAUUGCCAUUGCGGAGUAUGGGGAAUGGCCAGAGGAGGCUUACCCAAGUUAUGCCAAUGGGCCUGGCUAUGUGAUCUCAUCAGAUAUUGCACGCUACAUCGUAUCUGAAUUUGACAAUCAGACGCUUCGGAAAUUCAACAUCACUCGCCGGCCAGUAGAGUAUCGGCACGACGUGAGGUUCUACCAGGCUGGUUGCUUCGAUGGUUACAUCACCGCACACUAUCAGUCCCCCCAGCACAUGAUCUGUCUGUGGAGAAAGUUGCAGUCCGGUAGCACCCAUUGCUGCAACGUGCGAUGA